AUCGCAUAUAUGCUCGAACUUGCUCUUUAUUGAGCACCCAUGCUGUACACUUCGUAUAAGUAAGGGCCUAGUGCUAUAUGCAAUAAGGAUGCUUAUGCUACUCCAAUCGAGCGAGCUCUGUAAGCCAACAACUCUUUGGCGUAUAAGAGCGUCAAAGCCGUAAGCCCCAGGACUCGGGUGUUCAGCAUAGCUUUAGCCUCUCAUCAUGUGGUCAAGACUUCCACUUCUAUUCGCGCCCCUACUGGGUGUAUGUGUUUCAGGUUUGCGCACCCGGAGUUCAACAGCAACUUGUGGCGUCAAUACUUUCGCAUCGUUGACAUUGGCCAACAUCAAAGUGUUAAGCCUGAAUGUAACAACUUCAUUUAAUGUGUCUAUUUCUCGCGAAACAGAUGGCUCACAGGCGGGAUCUGUAAUGGAUAUUUGUCGCAUUGCUGUCCAAUACACUCAUCAAGGCCAGAAUGAUUUGAUCAACACAUAUAUUGGGUUGCCUUUAGAUGCUUCGCGAUGGAACUCGCGUUUUCUGAUGGAAGGCGGUGGCGGUUGGGUCGCUGGGGGUUCAGAUUACAUCCUUUCACCUGUGGUUUCUGGUUACGCAUCAUCGUCGACUGAUGGUGGCCACACAGAAGAUCAGCAGGCAUCGGAUUGGGGAUUCGUUAGUGAGGGUAACACCAAUUGGCCAGCUUUGUCCGACUUCGCCAGUGUGGCUCUGGUCGACGCAGCAAGACUCGGAAAGCAAGCUACUCAGCUGUACUAUGGCGCCCAACCUGAGUUUUCGUACUGGAAAGGCUGCUCGCAAGGCGGACGACAAGCGCAUAUGAUGGCACAACGUUUUCCUGAAGAAUUUCAUGGUAUUAUUGCAGGUGCUCCUGGUAUCAAUUGGCAGAAGUUCGUUCUUUAUUUGUACUGGCCUACCUUUAUGGCUCAUAUCCUUGACGUCCGACCGCCAGCUUGUGUUUUGGAGGCAUUCAGAGAAGCAGCGAUAGCAGAGUGCGACGCUGCUGAUGGUGUAGAAGAUGGUAUUAUAUCACUACCAGGACGGUGUGACUUUGCCGCUGCCUCUAUUGUCGGACAACUUGUCGAUUGCAAUAACCCGGCUGGAACAGUUGCAAUUACCGAGAAGAUGGCCCAACUCGUCGAUUCUAUCUGGAAAGGUGUCACAACUGCUAAUGGCGAUUUCGAGUGGUAUGGUUUACAUAAAGAUACUACCCUUGCUGCGCUACUCUCUACAUCUUGUACUUCCAUCGACAACUGCACUGUCACGCCUAUGCCGAUUGGUGAGGACUGGAUCAAAGUAUUUCUGGCAAGAAACGGUUCCUUAGAUAUGAACUCAGUAACCCACGAAGACUACGAUAAGUUCUUUCGGCAGUCCGUGGAUGAGUAUACGUCAAUUAUUGGUACCGACAACGCGGAUCUCACAGAUUUACGUAAAGCUGGAACCAAAGUCAUCGCCUGGCAUGGUCUACAGGAUCAAGCACUUCCACCCAACGGCACAAUUGAUUACUAUGACCGGAUCUCGGCGAAUCACCGCACCAAUCGUGCCAAUGGUACUGUGUCCGAUUAUUACCGGCUUUUUCUGGCUCCUGGUGUAGAACACUGCGGGUCGGGCAAUGGGUUUGACCCAAGCAACACCGUCCUAGAAGCGUUAAGGGCGUGGGUAGAAAAGGGGAUAGAGCCUAACACGCUUGAAGGUAUAGGACGUGCCAUUGCUGGUACCAACACUAGCGACACCAGAUCUGUCGGAUUAUGUGCGUAUCCGUCAGUGUUGUCAUUUGUUGGCGGUGAUCCCAACAACAAUGCGUCUUUCACCUGCAUAUAGAGG